GCAACCGACCAUUUAGUCGCAACAUUAUUCGUCGAUCCAGUCGGUUGUGUUUUCAGUAUUGCUCCUUGCGGGUUCCCGGCCGAGAGAAGAAAAAAAAAGCAAGUUCUGAAGAUAAAGUGGUGUUGGUGAUUAAGAAGCUUUCAACACUACAGCAAAGAAAAAGAUUUUCGUACUUGCUUUUUUCUAAGACAGUAAAAAGCACUACAACACAAUGGCCGAGAAACCAAAGCGUCCUCUGUCCGCCUAUAUGCUGUGGUUAAACUCUGCCCGCGAACAGAUCAAGAAGGAGAACCCCGGAAUCAAGGUGACCGAAAUCGCCAAAAAAGGUGGUGAGCUAUGGAGAGGCAUGAAGGACAAGACCGAAUGGGAGAACAAGGCUGCCAAAAUGAAGGACGAAUACAACAAAGCCGUUCAGGAAUUCGAGCGAAAUGGUGGCAGCAAGGAUGCUGGCAAGAAGAAGAGCAAGGGUGCCAAGAAGGCCCCCAAGAAGAGCAAAAAGAAGGACUCCGACGAUGACGAUGAUGAGUCUGGAGAAGAGAGCGACUGAACUAAUCAAUCUUUAAAGUAAACAAAAACUGACAACAAAAAAGCCGUAAAAAUUACAAAAAAAAUUAUUUUUAAUUUAUUGUAUAAAUGUUCGGGGCCUUACUUCUCAACAGCAGAAUCAGGACUAGCAACAGACGCCAAAUCAUCAUUAUCAGAAAGCGAAAUCAUAGUCUAGACAGCAUCAUUAAGAUACAAACUACACAGCAAAGCACGAUGCAAAUGAAAAACAAAGUGAACGAUUUAAAUUGUUUGUAUCCGCAAACCACCUUCGGGAAAGGUGGUUAGUCUCUCCGAAAACCGAUUCGGAUUGACGAAACUAGAUUGCGAGAACGUUUUUUCGUCUCACUUUUCCAAAACCGACAAAAUUAAUAGCAAUUGGCAGUGAACUCCGGACGUUUGUUAUUUUCUUUCUACAAAACAUUUUACAUGAUAACAGAAAACACACGUACAUCCCCUUUAUUUUUUUAAGGAAGGCCAUGUAAUAUUAACGCAGGAGAACUAAGAAAAAUUUUAAAACACAAAAAAAAACAACCAUAAAAACGAAAACAUACUUUUAAGUUAAUUAAAUGUGUAUGAAACAAAAAAAUUAAAAAAAUGUAAUCUUAGGAGAAGGAAAACCGUAAGACAUAAGUGUACUCACAGCAAAUUACACAAAGCAAAGCGUAACUAUACUUAGAAAAAAAUGGAAAUUUUCCUGUAGCAACCAGUAAUUUUCUACAGUAGAAAACCUUACAACAAAAAUAAACGCUAAACAGAGUUUGUUUUAAAACAUGAAUAUUUCUUCUCGUUUUUGUUUUCUCUCUCGAUCGUGUCGGUUGAUUAUAGAAGAGUAUGAUAAGAUAUAAAAGAAAAGUAUUGAAGAAUAAUCACAAUGAACGCGUAAAUAGCUACCCAGACAUAACACACACGCCCACACGUGGAUGGUUUUCUCUCUCGAUUUGUGGUAUUUUGUAGUAGCAAGUGGUUUUUUAUUUUUCGUUUGUUUGAAAAAUCUUACUAUUAGUCUUGAUUUCGUGUGCCUAUACGCCUGUGAAGGCAGUAGGACACACGUCUGGAUGUGACAACCCACACACACACACACAGUUGGAGUUAGUUUAAAUAAAAAACUAAGAUUGUAAAAAUUA